AUGAGCCUCAAUAGCUCUGAGGCGCACAGGGGAGCUGACCACUCCACACUGCUGCCCCCUCUGCCACCGUUGGGGCUGGAAGCAGCUGCUAUUCUGGCUGCCCACUUGGCCAACCGCUCGGGCACCGGCAAUGCCUCGGAGUGGCCCGGAGAGGCGUCCAGCAGCCACCUGGACGUGAACACAGACCUCUACUCCAAGGUGCUGGUGACCACGGUGUACCUGCUGCUCUUCGUGGUGGGCUUCUUGGGCAACUCCGUGACGGCGUGCACGCUGGCACGUCGGCGGCCGAUGCAGGGGCUGCAGAGCACCAUCCACUACCACCUGGGCAGUCUGGCCCUGUCGGACCUGCUCAUUCUGCUGUUGGCCAUGCCCGUGGAGUUGUACAAUUUCAUCUGGGUGCACCACCCCUGGGCCUUCGGGGACGCAGUGUGCCGCGGCUACUACUUCCUACGGGAGGCCUGCACCUUCGCCACGGCCCUUAACGUGGCCAGCCUGAGCGCUGAACGCUACCUGGCCAUCUGCCACCCCUUCAAGGCCAAGACCCUCAUGUCUCGCAGCCGCACCAAGAAAUUCAUCAGCGCCGUCUGGCUGACUUCGGCGAUCCUGGCGGCCCCCAUGCUCUUCGCCAUGGGCCAGCAGAACCUCAGCACCAACAGCCAGCACCCUGGGGGGCUGGUGUGUACGCCUGUCACCAGCAUCAGCAUCCUCAAGGUCAUCAUCCAGAUCAACACUUUCACAUCUUUCGUCUUCCCCAUGGUGAUCAUCUCCAUCCUGAACUCUAUCAUCGCCAACAAGAUGACCAUCAUGGUCCACCAAGCAGCGGAGCUGGGCCAUGUGUCCAUGGUUGGGGACCAGCAUGGAGCCUUCAACAUGCCUAUGGAGCCAGGCCGGGUGCAGGCCCUGAGGCACGGAGUCCGGGUUCUACGUGCUGUGGUGGUGGCCUUUGUGGCCUGCCUGCUGCCCUACCACGUGAGGCGUCUCAUGUUCUGCUACAUUUCCGAAGAUCAAUGGACCCCGUUCCUCUAUGACUUCUACCACUACUUCUACUUGCUGACCAACACCCUGUUCUACGUCAGUUCGGCCAUCAACCCGCUGCUCUACAACCUGGUAUCUGCCACCUUCCGCCAGGCCUUCAUGGCCACGCUUGGCUGCCUGUGCUGGCCCCGGGGCCGCCGUCGGGCUGGCCUGGCCCGGAUGGCCAACAGCGUGUCCAGCAGCCACACUUUCUCCAGCAACGCCACCCGCGAGACGCUAUCCUAGGCCCAACAUCCACCUCUGCCCACCCCUUGCCCACCAUCUCCCAGGAAGGAUUGUGGGAAGGUCUCCAGACAGCAUUUGGAGCUGGUCUCGGGCCC